AUGCUUGUAGCAAUGCUGGGUAUUCUAAAAGCCGGCGGCGCUUAUGUACCACUCGAUUCAGCCUAUUCAAGCCAACGGCUGACCAACAUUCUAAAAGAUGCCGACCCUAUAUUCUUAUUAGCAGAUGCUACUGGCCAUACAGCACUCGGAGAACAUCAUGUGCCAUUAAUUGAUUUGGAGAAACCGUUGCCUGCUGAUUUGCCAAUCGAUAAUCCGGACACAAUCAAGCUAGGACUUACUCCAACCCAUCUGGCCUAUGUCAUUUACACCUCUGGCUCAACAGGAACACCCAAAGGAGUAAUGGUUGAACAUCAGCAAGUCGUACGACACAUUGAGGCUAUACAGGACACAUUUGGUUUUGUUAAUCAAGACAAAUGGUGUUUGUUCCAUUCGAUUUCUUUCGAUAUUUCUGUAUGGGAGAUAUGGGGCGCAUUGUCGAAUGGAAGUCAACUGUCAAUUGUACCAUACAAUCAUACUUGUUCUACUGGUGAAUUUUAUGAUUGGAUCUGUACCAGAGGUAUCACAGUCCUGAAUCAAACCCCUUCGCUACUAAAAUUGCUUUUGCGGACGAUAGAUUCCAAAUUACAAUCUGAUCGACUGCGAUAUGUGUUUGUUGGUGGUGAAGCGUCAGACCCAUUGAUUGUGAGGGAUUGGUAUAAAAGUUAUGAUCAAACAGUGUUAGUUAAUUCGUAUGGCCCUACCGAAAUAGUUAUUGACGCAACAGUUUGGUUUUGUGAUAACGCUAUUUCUGAAAAUGUAUCGGUAGUACCGAUUGGGCGUCCUCUACCAAACAGGCUAAUUUACUUACUGGAUGCAAACGGCGAGCCAGUGCCACUUGGAGCCGAGGGAGAAAUGUAUAUUGGUGGUGUUGGUGUAGCAAGAGGCUACUUUAAUCGUCCUAAACUUACCGCCGAACGUUUUCUGCCCGAUCCAUUCAGUGAGACACCAGCAGCACGCAUGUACCGUACCGGUGAUCGAGCACGUUAUUUGCCUGAUGGCAAUUUGGUCUAUCUAGGACGUACCGAUUAG